CGGGGCCGCCGCGGGCCGUCCCCGCCGUGGUCACGUGGAGGGCCGAGCGGAGCGCGCUCAGCCCGGGCCUCCGGGGGCCCGAGGACAGAGUCCGCCACGGCGUCCCCGACGCUCCCACAUCCCCACCCGCUGUGCCGUAGCCGCGGAGAUGCCAGGGGCCGGCCCGCAGCCCUCGGAGGAACCGCCCGCGCUGGAGGAGGACCAGGACCUCCUGCUGGCAGCUGCCUAUGUUUCUGAUGCCCAGUACAACAGAAAUGUUCCCUUUGAAACAUCUCCUCGGGCCAUCAGACUUUACUAUUUUUAUAACCACUGGACAAUGCAAGUAGCCAUCUACUUCUUUAUUUGUGUGGACCUUUCCCUCGCCCUGUUUGAAGAGCCCGCACUGUUUCCACUGCCUUUCUUGGCUACCUCAAUAGCAGAAGUACUCUGCCUGACUGUGUUCUUCGGGAGACUUGUACAUUUUGCGAAAGUCACCCCUCAGAUGGUUUUCUGGAAGGAUACGAAAAACAUCUGCAUCUUGGUAACCAUAGCGCUGACCUUGAUCGAUUUGAUUAUCUAUGGUUCCCUGGAAGCUGUUAAUAUCCACAGUGUUCGAUGGUCAAGGGCCUUAAGGCCAGUCUUCCUAAUUAACUUCCCUGAAAGUCGUCAGAUCCGAAGAACUUUCAGAAGCAUCCGGAACACUCUGCCUGACAUUCUCUACGUCUUCCUCUUAUUCAUGUUCAGUGUGCUGAUAUUCUCCCUUAUGGCCUUGAAGCUUUUUGGGGAUCGGGGUCUUCGGACAGUGGAAGGCUUGCCCUACUUCACAAAUAUCCUGGAGAUAGCGUUUGAACUCUACGUGCUGGUCACUACUGCCAACAGUCCCGAUGUCAUGAUGCCUGCCUAUAACUUCAGUUGGUGGUAUUCUCUGUACUUCAUAACCUACAUCAUCAUCAAUACCUACAUCUUCAUGUCCGUCUUUCUGGCUGUGGUCUACAACAAUUAUAGGAAGCACUUGAAGAACGAGAUUCGCAAGCUGGUGUACCUGAAACGUCACAAAAUGAUGGAGGCUUUCAACAUUCUGAAGGUCAAGGUGGGCUCAGAAUUUGUGGUGAUGGAGGCCCAGUGGAGGCGGCUGGCCAGGACUGUGAUGCCACACAUCAGCAGUCCCCACCUGGAGCUCCUUUUGAGAAUCUCCGAUGAGGGACAGAAGGGCUACGUGGACAAAAUGAACUUUCUACGCUUGGCUGACCUCCUCAACAUUCAGGUGGUCACCAUGAACAUCAAGAGACACCCACUGGAAGAGUGGAUGCCACGGGUUUACCAGUCGUCCGCAAGCCUCCUGGUCCAGAGGAUGGUUCGGCACAGGAUUUUUGUCUGGGUUUAUGAUAUCAUCAUUCUAAUAAAUGCCAUUUUCAUCGCCCUGGAUGAGAAAAACCCCUUCAUUUCCUACGCAGAGUGGCUUUUCCUUUCUCUCUAUAUUAUUGAAAUUCUUCUUAAACUGUACACGUACGAGCCCAGAGCCUAUUUUGGCAAGAAACAGUUCUGGAACUGGUUUGACACACUGAUCAUCGUCGCCGCCCUGGUGGCCACUGUGGCCAACACCACCAUUCAGUCAGCCAGCAAAUACAACAGUCAGCAGGUCCUGGAUAUUGUCUUGAUUCUGAGGAUCCUCCGGCUCCUACGGGUCAUUGUCAGCAUUCAGAGGUUUCGGCUUAUUGUGACCACCUUAAUAAACAUUGGUCCCACGAUACUGACGUUUGGUGGACUCAUCUUGGUGGUCUACUACGUGUUCGCUAUCAUCGGGAUGGAAGCAUUCCACGGCAAAGUCCGGUUCUUCGACCGGAAUCUCACCACCCCUGAUGCUCUGGUGUGUGGGAACCCAGCCUUGAAAGACUCAGCGUUUGCCCGGGACAGGUACUGCAAGAAUAACUUCAAUGACCUGGCCUCCUCGUUCAUCGUGCUCAUGGAGCUCACGGUGGUUAACCAGUGGCACAUCCUUGCAGGCGGCUUUGCCCUCGUGACUCACCAGGCGGCCAAGCUGUACUUCAUCAGCUUCCACGUUGUGGUCGUCAUUCUCAUCGUUAAUAUUUUCAUAGCAUUCAUCCUGGAGGCGUUUUUUGUGGCAUACUCCUUAGAAAAAAGUGAAGUCGAAACUGCCAUUGAGAGGAAGAUUCAAGAGCUUGGAGUGGGAAUCCAAGAAGAAGAAAUGCACGAUAGGAAGCUUGUUGAUAACAUGGACGUCAAGGACAGUGGCUUUAGUGGGGAUGAUGGAGACAACAAAAGGAAGGCCUUAAAAGGAUUGUACUUCAGAAUUGCAUCAAAAAAGUACAGGACCGUGGACGCCCUGCUACAGCAGAUGUUUGAGUCCGAAAUUGCUCCGGAGGAUGAAGGCCCACCCUUGGAUGAGAUUCUGAACUUCUCGUCCAGUGACAUAUAUCCCAAGGCUCCCAAUUUUGAAAACAGUGCGUGAUUCUGGGCUGGAAAACUCCACACCCAGAAACCAAGCUCAGCGGCCAUUAUGUCUUGUCUGGAGAUAAUUUUUCCAGCCCAAGUUGUCUCUGUGCUGUGACCAGCCUGCGCAUCAGCGGCACCUGCCUAAGUGGUCAGUGGAAAGGGCUGGAGAGACUGCCCCUGAGUGUCCUGCCUGGGGUGGCUCUGGAGUCUGGUCAGAGCAGUAAGGAGGGGAAGACCUAUGAAGAGAUUAUGAGGAGCACUUACCAUACACAUGCAUGCACGUGUGUGAAGUCCUUUCGGUGGGGAUAUGGAAGCUUUUCAUUGAUUUUUAUAUGAUAUUUUGCUAUUCUAUUAAAUCCUAUGCUACAGUGUUAUGUGAAUAACUUCUGAAUAUUUAAAUAUGGUAAAAGACUAUAUCUAGUAUAGCAGCUCUUAAAUGCAGUGUUUAUUCAAAAUGAAGAAAAACACGCAUGUAAAAAUAAAAUUCUGUCACAACUGCCUUUCUUUCUGGGGAAGGCUCUCAAAGCUUUCAUUAAAUUACAGUGAUAGCAAGAUUUUGAGUAAGUUGCUCUUUGAGGUCACUUUCCCCAGCUGGCACUCUCCCAAUGCAGUGACACACUCCUUUUGGGAAAUUAAAAUCAUUUUAUUAACAAAAUUUUUAAUUGUGGAAAAUACUCGUAACAAAGAAGUCACCAUCGUAACCCAUUCUAAGUGUAUAGUUCCGUCGUUUUAAGUAUAUUCAUGUUGUUGCGCAACAGAUCUCCAGAACUUUUUGUCAUCUCCAGUGGAACUGUAACCCAUCAACCGUCGCUGCCUGUUCCCUCCUCCCCCAGGCCCUGGCAGGCACUGUUCUACCUUCCUUCCGUCUCUACGAAUCCGGCUACUACUGUACCUCGCAAUCACAUUUUGAGCGAGUUGUCAGGGUGUAACUCCUCAUUCCUCAUUCCUCUGUCCCCCCCCUCCCCACGGGACCCACUGUAAGGCAAGGGUCCAUGACCUGAGGUCUCCGAGAGGCCUGAGUCAUGUGUCCCAUCAGGGUGACAGCGGAAGCUAGCUUGGGAGGGCUGCCUUUUCCUCGGUUCUGAAGGUGACCUCUGGUGUAGGAGCGAAGCCAAAGUUUCGGGCACAGCCUCUGGGGCCAGAUCAUCUGGCAUCAUACCCCAGCUCCCCACGGACCAUGCCCCGUCAUGCCUGUGUGCCCCUUUUGCCCCCCUGCAGUUGGGAUGGAUGGUACCUCCCACCCCAAGACUAGGGGGCUGAAGGAGGAGGUUGGGCAGACGAAUGCCGACCCUGCCUCUUCGACGCUUGCUCUCACAGACUGCUGUUUCUGGUUCAAAGCCACACCUGGUAUCCAGCAUUGCUGCUUUAGAAUUCUGUUACCAUGACAAUCCUCAGAAGGUGGGAUGUUGCUGACCCCCAUCUUAUGGGGUUUAUGGAGUCCUGCUGCCCUCCGGACUGCUCUUAUUUCUUCGUACACCUAACAUGUAUUGUUAUACUAAAUAUUAUACGCUCAGUGUACCCAGUGGCAACUUAAUUUUUUUUUAACUUGAACACGUGCUGGGCAUUUUUAAGUGAGAAACUAUGCAGACAUU